AUGGCAGAAACGCUCCGGGAUCAACUCCUCAGCGCCGCCGAAGACAUGCACGCGUUAGUGAAACAGGUUCGUGCGGCACUGCCGAACUUUCAACAGAAGGGCGCCAAGCUGGAGCUGCCCAAGACGUUCAACGAUGAGUGCGAGGAAACGAUGAAAGAAUUGACGACGAUGCUCGAGACUGUUGAAAGACAACAGGAGCAAACGGCCCUUAUCGAGCAAUUGGAGCAGCUGGUAGACGAACGGAAUCAGAUCAUCUUCUCCGUCGAGGAUCAGCUGAGAAGGGCGCAAGACAACCUCCACGAAAGCGUAUUCCAGGGAAAGUGCUUUCUGGAGAAGCUGGCAGUAGCGCGGACGAAGGGAGUGCUGUCAGAAGAGGCUAUUGAAUUCAGCGCCAGACUCGCAAAAAGCCACUCCCUGGCGGCGCCUUCUACAUGGAAUGCAGGUGACUCUUCUCGUCCGUUCCCCAGCCAGCGUGAGAUCUCCAGCGGAAUUUUCGGGAAAUCG